UCCUAGGCGGUGUCGGCGAUCGCUCAGUGCAGGCAGGUACGUCUCCCGUGCACAGGUCCGGAGCCCCCAGGAGCGCCAUGGCGGAGCUGUUCACCCUCGCCGAGGAACUGUCGUGCUCCAUCUGUCUGGAGUCCUUCAAGGAGCCGGUCACCACCCCGUGCGGGCACAACUUCUGCCGGGCGUGCCUGGAUGAGACAUGGACCGUUGCGGGCGCGCCUUACCUGUGCCCGCAGUGUCGUACCGCCUUCCACACGCGCCCGCAGCUGCUCAAGAACACCGUGCUGUGCGCGAUCGUGGAGCAGUUCCUGCAAGCCGAGGUGGCCCAGGAGGCGCUCCCCGACGGCUGGAGCCCGCCCGCGCGCACCCAGACCCCCAGCGUGGCCGGCCAGGUGGCCUGCGACCACUGCAUGACCGCCACCGCCGUCAAGACCUGCCUCGUGUGCAUGGCCUCCUUCUGCCAGGAGCACCUGAAGCCGCACCUCGACAGCCCCGCCUUCCGGGACCACCCGCUGCAGCCGCCGGUCUGCGACCUGAUGCGCCGAAAGUGCCCCCAGCAUAACCGCUUGCGGGAGUUCUUCUGCUCUGAGCACUGCGAGUGCAUCUGUCACGUCUGUCUGGUGGAACACAAGACCUGCUCGCCUGUGUCCCUGAGCCAGGCCACGGCCGAGAUGGAGGCCAAGAUGAAGCAAAAGCUGACCGUCAUAUACGGCCAGAUCAACGGCGCAGCCAAGGCCUUGGAGGACGUGAGAGCCAAGCAGCAGAGUGUGCGGGACUCUGCACAGAAGAAGGUGGAGAAAAUUAGCCAAGAACACCUGGAAAUGAAGGCUGUCAUUGAUGCCUCAGAGGCCAACUUGACACGAAAGAUCAAAGAGGAGGAGAAGCGGGUCACUGUCAAGUUUGAGAGCAUCUACCAGAUCCUGCUCAAGAAGAAGAGCGAGAUCCAGAACCUCAAGGAGGAGAUUGAACUUGCUCUGGCUAAGGGGGACGAGCUUGAGUUUCUGGAGAAAGCAGCAAAACUGCAGGGAGUCACCACGAAGCCUGUCUACAUCCCCAAGGUGGAGCUAAAUCACGAGCUGAUAAAGGUCAUCUGCCAGGAUGCUUCAGACCUUAAAAACCAGCUGAAGCAGUGUUCAAAGCAGUGCCAGGGCAAGCCCAAGGAACCCACCGGCUCAGGGGGCCCAGAAGAGCCGCGUCCGACGACCCCACACAAACCCUCGUACCUCUUGAAGAAGGCCCCCAAAGAAGAAAAGAAAGUCAAGAAACCUCCCACUGCUGCUGCCGCCGCCGCCGCCUCUCUCAGCAAGGUUCUCCCCUCCAUACCCGUAGAAUUCACAGCAGCGAUGUUCAAACCAGUCCCAGGGGGUGCAACCAAAUCAAUUCCCCCGCCGCCAAAUGCAAUAUGUCUCAAGGCCAAGGUCCUGGAGGCCUUCCUGGCCAAGUCCAGGGCCGAGCUCCUGGAGUAUUCCACAAAAGUCAUCUUGGACUACAACACCUGCCACAACAAGGUGGCUCUGUCUGGGAACUACACCGAAGCGUCUGUGGCUGACACCCCUCAGAACUACCGGCUGCACCCCCAGAGGUUCGUGUCCUCCUCUCAGGUGAUGGGCCUGCACUGCUACAAGAAGGGGAUCUACUACUGGGAGGUGGAGCUGCAGAAGAACAGCUUCUGUGGCGUGGGCAUCUGCUACGGCAGCAUGGAGAGGGAGGGCCCGGGGAGCAGGCUCGGCCGCAACAGCGCUUCCUGGUGUGUGGAGUGGUUCAACAACAAGAUCUCUGCCUGGCACAACAACGUGGAGAAAACCCUGCCCUCCACCAAAACCACGCGGGUCGGUGUCCUUCUCAACUGCGACCACGGUUUUGUCAUUUUCUUUGGGGUCGCUGACAAGAUUUACUUGAUGUACAAGUUCAGGGCGGACUUUACUGAAGCUGUGUACCCGGCCUUCUGGGUGUUCUCGGCCGGUACCAUGCUCUCCAUCUGCAACUCCAAGUAGCCAGGCCCUCCGCUGGCACUGCCAUGGGGCCCCCAAGACUUUAGUGAACUCACUGCAAAUCAAAUCUCUUAGAGAACUUCCCUGACAGUCCCCAAGAAUCAAAAGAAUGGAGGGGACUUGGCAGGUGAGAGGAUGGGGAAGACUGGCCAAGAGGAGGGCGACUGAGAAAGGGGUGGGGAUGACAGUGUUGUGAGCCAGGACGUGUUUUGACUUCCUGGUACACAGGACAGGGCGACCUCAGCCCCGCCUCCCCCCAUCUUCUGGUAGCUCUCCGGGCUGCUGGGUGGUGGGACAGGGGCCUGGGGGUAAGUCCUUGUGGCCCUCCCUUGUACCUGCACCCCUGCAGGCUGUUCUCGGGCUGUGGGGUGAGCUUUUGGGUGCGUGCCCCUUUGCUCUCUGGAGCAGCUCACCUGCUUUGAAAAUUUCGCUAUGUAGCUAUUCAAUUCUAGAAUUUAAAAAAUUGCAAAUCGUUGAAUUUCAGUGUGAUUCACCACUCCAUGUGCGUGCAUGUAGGGGCGGGGAGGUGGAGGGUAUGUUGAGGCUCUCAGCCAUUUCCUGUGCUCGGAGGGCACCUCUCCCAGCAGGUCCACCCAGUUUCCCAAGGAAGCAUGUUCUUUUUCUUCCUGGGAAAAUAGCCCAGCUCCUCUUCCUGAGCUGCCUCCCUCACCACCCCAUCCGAGGUUUCCAAAUGGUUACUCAGGCAGGAAGCUUUUUCAGUCUGAGAUUUCACACCAUGAGCCAAAUUUGCCUAGACUGUGUUAUGAUUCAAAGUCAAGGUGACCCAGGUCCAAUAAGAUUCAAAGUCAAGCAGAGACCCCACACUGGCUCUGCGCUGGAGCCUUCCAGUAGCCUAGGUUUUGGGGUAAGGAGCUCCACUGGUAAGUGGAAACCUAACCUGACCUAGCGGAAAUGUGGUUUCCCUCUUAUUAGAGCAUCUUGCUUCUUAUGGCUGACGCUCCGCGGCAACCUCCCCUCCCCAGGAUGGUGAGGGAGAUGCUGGACUGGCAGGAGGAGGCAGGCCCCUGUGACCCAAGGUCAAGCCUGGACAGCUCAGCAUGAUAUCCAAGGCAGCUGCCAGCCAGGUCUAGGGACUACAGUUAUUUACCUGCUGGGGUGACUGUGACCCAAAGGGCCUCUUGGCCUUCAUGACAACAGCCACUUUCCUCCCAGGCCUCAGGUAGACUCAUGUUGCUCGUCACUCCGCCUGAGUCAGGGCCUGUCAGCAGCCCCCACUGCUGUCUUCCAGAUGUGCAUUGGCCAAGCAGGCAGGUCAGGGACUUUAAGGACCACAGCUCUUAGCACACACAGUAGCCAAAUAGUGCAAAGGGUUAUAUUUCCUGCAAGGCUUCUGUGGAGUGAACAUAACCUUAGGAGUGAAUGCAUUGCUGGGAUUUUCCAGAAUUCCUUCUAUUCUGAUGUCUGCACAUCAGUUCCCAUCCCCAAAGCGGGAGACCUGACCUGUGGCCUUUCUCAAGAGAGAAGCUCAAGCCAGGCUACUUGGGUUAUGGAAAAUGUCAGUGUUGGCAAAGUGGGGCCCCAGACAUUUUCAUAUGCAUGCUUGAGAACUGAAUGCUUCUGGGCUGGAAUUCCGUGGCCUUGGGCUGGAAUUCCGUGGCCUUGGGCUGGAUUCAGUGGUGCUCAGGUCAGGCCCAGGUCAGGGCACUUGGUGUUCCCAACAGAUGUGUUGAUUUGGGUCAGCUCUGAUCAGGAUUCUCUCUGCCUUGGGAGAGUGUGUCUGUAGGGAAGAUAUCCGUGCAGUAGCUGAAAUGUGGAUUUUAAAUGUUUUCUUAUUUUACUACGUGGAAAAAAACUUCAGAGAUUCUUCUCUGCUUUUAGAGAUGUUCAGAAGCAUCUUCAUUGAUAUGAAAUAAAAACCCUGUCUGAAGCCAGUUCAUACUUGGGAAACAGCAGGGUUUAGAGGAAGAGAAUGCCAAAGAUGAAGCCAGGUCCUGUUCUGGCUUCUCCGUAGUGAGGCAGGCAGUAGAGAGGGCGCUUCCUUGCAGGUAGCUCAGGUAGGGAAGCUCAGUGGGCCCCUCUGUUUAUGAGCGAGGCAAGCAGGUACCCCAAGCUGAGUCCGGUGCAGGGCGCUCUGGAGAUGUGAAUUGAGGCUUGUACCCCUGCUGUCUUGACCUUACACCUCCCCCUCCCAUUCAAGGUUGUUCCCCAACCCUAAAGUCUGAGAGUUGGGGAGGGGGGGCCUUUGUAGUCAUUGACUUAUUCUGUAGAGUAAGUCAGAUGCAAGAUAAGAGGAUGAAUCCACUCACCGCUCUUGCCAUCCCGUAAUAGAGGAGCUGCUGCUUAAGAGUGUGUGAGGGAACAACCCUCCUAGUCUAGGGAAGUAUUGGAAAUUCCCAGAAACACUGACAUAGAAUUACAAUCUCAAAGCCAGGCGUCAGUGCUGGUGUGAUACACCAAAGUGAUUUCUUGUGUUAGUCAAGACUGGUUGACUUUCAUCUUUUUUACUCUGAAGUAAAUCUGCGAUCUGUCACUUGCACUAAUAUAGAAUCUUAUUCUCCUCUUUUCCUCACUAUUGGUUUUAAUUUAGGGCUAUUUGAGCUGUUAUUUCUUGAUCUUUCUUUUUUAGAGUUGAUUCUUUAGAAGAUAAUCAGGCUUGAGAGACAGAUCUUUUGAAAUCCUAGGAAAUACUAGGGCCAAGGCUGGUUGACUAUAACAAAGCAGUGUUUGGUUUCUUUCUUGCGUCCUAGUGCUUGUGGAAAAUGGUGUCCCCAACCACCCCCCCACCGCCCCUCCCAGCUGCACCCAGGGGUUGAGACAUCAGCAGAUCUGCAGAUUAGGGGCCUGCUAUGGGUUUGGCACCCUCAAGAAGCUUUUGAUAAAGGGUUCCCAGACCUUGUGAGCUUUGCUGCAGAACUUCUGAGGAUGGGGCAAGGGGAAGGUGGGGGCGGUAUGAGAAAGGUAUCCCAUUUGCUGCUAAUCAGCAAGGCAUUGAUGGGAAUGUCAGAGCUCACCUUAUUCUUUCUAUUGUUGUGUAUGUUGGGAAUUGCCUAUAAUAAAAUGUUUAAAAAGACAGGACAAAAAACAGUCCUGGCCAAGUGCGGACCACAUUCAGUGGGUAUGAUCCUUGUUUGCAUUAGGAGUUGCAGGCUGUGUAGACUUGAGACGGUUACAAAAGAAUUGGCCUGGGUCCUGGAGGGCUAGUGCUGUACCCACAGAAUCCGACAGUGGCAGGAGUGACUCACUCAAGUCCAAGUGUGUCCCUUGGAUUUAGGCUGGGGGUUGAGAUGUCUCAGAAUGGGGGUUGACAUCAGAAAGAACAGGCAAGAGUUAGGGGGAUGGUAUUUAGAGCCACCCUGACCCAGAGGGGCUAGAGGCUGAGUCAGAUCUUGUGGCUAGUGGGUCAGUCAGUCUUGCCCAUGGAGGCCCCCAAAAAGUCUGGACACUGAAACUCUACCAACUGCAUUGCUGUACCCAGAGGGUGACGCUCCCUGAUCCACAGGGGGAGGGAACCAAGUUCUGCCUCUGGGACCCCCUUAGGUGAUGCUCUGUGUGUCUCUUCAUUGGGCUGCUUUUGAUUUGUACCCUUUAUAAUAAAGCGAGAAUCAUGAA